GGAGACAGCCGCAGGGAGGCGGAAGGAGCUGAGGACCGGCGGGUGGCGAGCGGGCGCGGGAGCCGGCGCCAGAGCGAUGGCGGCCAUGGCGGUGUCGGAGCCCGGGCUUCGCAGCUGGUCCCUGUGCCCCGAGGUGCCGUCCGCCACCUUCUUCACCGCGCUGCUCUCGCUGCUGGUGUCCGGGCCCCGCCUGUUCCUGCUGCAGCCGCCCCUGGCGCCCUCGGGCCUCUCGCUGCGGUCCGAGGCCCUGCGCAACUGGCAAGUUUACAGGCUGGUGACCUACAUCUUUGUCUAUGAGAAUCCAGUCUCCCUGCUCUGUGGUGCUAUCAUCAUCUGGCGCUUUGCUGGCAAUUUUGAGAGAACCGUGGGCACUGUCCGCCACUGCUUCUUCACCGUGAUCUUCGCCAUCUUCUCCGCUAUCAUCUUCCUGUCGUUUGAAGCUGUGUCAUCACUGUCAAAGCUGGGGGAGGUGGAGGAUGCCAGAGGUUUCACUCCAGUGGCUUUUGCCAUGCUGGGAGUCAACUCUGUCCGCUCUCGGGUGAGGAGGGCCCUGGUGUUUGGCAUGGUCGUGCCCUCAAUGCUGGUGCCGUGGCUCCUGCUGUGUGCCUCCUGGCUCAUUCCCCAGACCUCUUUCCUCAGUAAUGUCUGUGGACUUGGAAUUGGGCUAACGUAUGGCCUCACUUACUGCUAUUCCAUCGACCUCUCAGAGCGAGUGGCACUGAAGCUCGACCAGAAGUUCCCCUUUAGCCUGAUGAGGAGGAUUUCGGUGUUCAAGUACGUCUCGGGCUCUUCAGCGGAAAGAAGGGCAGCCCACAGCCGCAAGCUGAACCCUGUACCUGGCUCCUACCCCUCGCAGAGUGGCCACCCUCACCUGACCCCGAGCCACCCUGUCGCCCAGAUGCAGCAUGCCAGUGGCCAGAAACUAGCCUCCUGGCCAGCCUGUGCUCCUGGGCACAUGCCCAGCCUGCCCCCAUACCAGCCUGCCUCCGGCCUGUGUUACGUGCAGAACCACUUUGGCACAGUCCCUAACUCCUCUGGUGUCUACCCGGCUUCUGCGGGUGCCUCCCUGGGGGUCCAGCCCCCCGCCCCCCUCAACUGCCCUGGCACAGUGUAUUCUGGGGCCCUGGCCGCUCCAGUGGCUGCAGGCUCCAAGGAGUGCUCGAGAGUCCUGAUCCCCUGACAUGGAGUUUCCAGGGGAGCUGUCUCACGUCUUGGCCUUCUGAAGAAGGUCCUCUCUGAGCUAAGAUUUUCUUGACAGUUAUUUAUUGAACACCUCUGUAUGCCAGGCUCUGUCUUGAGUAUUUUGAUAUGUGUCCCUAUUUCAGUCUCAUUCAUCCUCACGAUGCCUUUGUGAAGUACCGUUUAUUGCCCCAGUUUACAGAUGCAGAAAGCGAGGCACUCUGAUUACAUAAUGUCAGGUAGCCCUGUGGUGGCACAGCUGGAGUUCUUGGAGAGCUCUUCCCACCCGCUGUCCUGCCCCUCAGAGGACACCUGGGAGAAGAGGACUUUGGUUGUCAGUGGCUGCCAGUAGUUAAUUCCAGCUCUGUACUUCCUUCCUGCCAUUGUGCAUAAUGCUCUUGGUUAUAUAGUGUCCGUGUGUCUGUGUCUGCCCUUCAGGAGCUCUAGCUGGUGUGCUCAGCAGUCCCCAGGCCUGUGUAGUGUUUCUCCCCCGCAGUGACCUCCCCACCUGGACUUCUGCCCCAGAAGCGGUGAGACAGGCCCCUGUGAGCCGCAGCAGCAUGCUGAUGGGUCCUUAGUGUUGAUGACCUUUGUAUAAAGAAACAGCGUCGAACCUGC